GCGGGAGUCGGAGGGAGAGUUUUCUUUCAAUUGCACUCCGUUGCUCUAAACAAGAAGGAAGUAGAUUUCCUACUCCUCCGGUUUAUAAAGAGAGUAGGAAGUGAGGCUUUUAGUGUCAUCGGGAAGGUUUGACAAUGGCCGGCGGCUCGGUGUCGGAGUGUAAGGAGUACUUGUUUAAAGUGUUGGUGAUCGGCGAGUUAGGCGUGGGGAAAACUAGUAUCAUUAAGCGUUAUGUUCACGAGCUGUUUUCGCAGCACUACAGGGCAACUAUCGGUGUUGAUUUUGCUCUCAAAGUUAUAAACUGGGACAGCAAGACACUGGUGAGAUUACAGCUGUGGGACAUCGCAGGUCAGGAGAGGUUUGGGAAUAUGACCCGGGUUUAUUACAAGGAGGCAGUGGGGGCCCUUGUGGUCUUCGAUGUGACGCGGGGCUCCACUUUCGAUGCCGUCUCCAAGUGGAAGCAUGACCUGGACACCAAGGUGAAGUUACCCAACGGGAACCCCAUUCCAUCUGUGCUGCUGGCCAACAAGUGUGACCAGAAGGAUGCCAGCAGCACCAAUCCCAGCAUCUUGGACAGCUUCUGCAAAGAGGCUGGCUUUCUGGGGUGGUUUGAAACCUCUGCCAAGGACAACAUCAACGUGGAUGAGGCGGCUCGGUUUCUGGUGGACAACAUCCUGGCAAGCGUGAAGGGACUUCCCUACGAGGAGAAUACUGGGGACCGGGUCCAACUGGACCAGGACACGGCGGUGGCUGAAAGCAAGUCUGGAUGCUGCUAGCGGUGACGAGCUCGAGGAGCUCCUGGGUCAAGGACUGUGGUCCAGUGCCAGCGAUGGAGGGGAGUCUCCAGAGCUUGAUCCGGAACAGUCCCCGAAAUGUUCCCCAGUCUGCACUCAGAUGAUGGAGUCCUCUCCUGGUUCCAACGUCUUCACUACAUUUCUUAGACACAGUUAGGGUGCAUAUUAUACUAUAUCCCAUCCGUAGGUUAAAACCUGCCUGUUCUCCACACGGACCAACACAUAAUAUGCAAGAGUCAUUCUGCUUUGGUCAAAUAAAUAAUUAGCUUAGAAUAUCAGAGAACAUUCCUGAGCUCAGAUAAUGAUCAACGCAAACAUGUCAUGGUUUUAGAACCUGUUGUUCCUCUGAGAUUCUCACCAGUUUGUGAUGGCAAAAAGAAUUGAAUGAUGGCAAAAAAAAUUAUUAUAGGGUUUUUUUUUUUUUUAAUAAAGCCUCCUAAAAUAAUAUAUAAAAUAAUAAAAAAACAGGUGUUUUUCCAUUGUUAAACAAUAUAACUGAAAGAACCCUUUUAAAACAAUCACGUAAAAAACUUUACAUGAAGGACUUUUAAUUAAAGAAUCGUGAAAAAUUUGGUAACACUUAACUUGAGGGGGCAAAGUAACCUAGUAGCUCAGUUACUACUCAAGUACGAAUGAUACACAAACUGCAGAUUAGAGCAUACUACUACAUUAUUUGUGCGCUCUCAAGUAGUGCUACCAAAAAUGUAAACGAGUAACUUUUUCAUAAUGGAAGAACGCAUUCCAGUGUUUUAACCACAGCAUUUUUUUGUUGCCAAAACAGGACACGGUCAUGCACCGUGUCAUCAUGCAUAAUGACAUAUCUGAUGGAAUGUAGCUUCAGGACGAGGAAGUAGUUUGCAUUUGUCAGCAUUAAAAGUGUUGCUAAGCGAAACCUUCUGAAAGAAAAGCGAAGUCAUGGAGUGUUUUUCUUAUGUUAGUGUUGUGUGAAAGUUUCAUCUGUCAGAUUUAUUUUGGUUAAUGGGUGUCUACGUAGUGUUUUACGGAUCAGCAAAGCCUUAUUUUCAGUGAAGAAUCCUCACUUGUUCUUAAAUUCUGUUUUAAGGCACAGGCCAGACAGUACUGAUAUGUGUUGAGGGUUUGAAAAUGGUAUCACCUGUGUGAAACACUCUGGGUGUCAAUAGGGGAGUCUUCAUCAAAUUUUUGAGCAUCCCAUCCUGAAAUGGCAACUUCCUGUUCAAAGGCAUUGAAUUUCCCUGCCUGCUUCCUGUCGAAAGGCAGCGAAUUAGACUCCCCGCGUCACUAUGGAAACUUUGCAGCGACGCAGUAGUCCUCAUCUGCUCUUGCUUUGUGAGCGGUGAGAAUCACCAUUCUCCAGAACCACCUUGAAAACUGACCUCUCCGCGCUCUGUGAACCAUCACGGAUACUGAAUUCAUUAUGCCUCACCCAGCCUGCAUGGUCGGUCAGUGACCCAGUGUGCUGUAAAAUGAUGUCAUCCUUUUUUUUUCUUCUAUCUUGCGAAAUUCCUCUGCGGUGAAGAAGCCAUCGCAACUCUUCCACAAGCCUCGGUAUUCUGUUCACAGUUUGAAAUUUCCAGGACAUCACAGUGCCCUUUUAAUUGCUGCUAGAUGAUUACUCUCCCUUAGAUGGACACGCUUAUUGUAUUUUCUGGUACGAGCCUCCUGAAAUGUGUCAGCAUUAGGCUACGAGUUUUGAUUAUGUUCUGAAUGUAAGCCGCAAUCCAUCCAUCCAUCCAUCCAUUUUCCAAACCCCUUAUCUGUCUGGGUUGCGGGGGGUCCGGACCCUAUCCCAGAAGCUAUGGGCAUAAGGCAGGGAACAACCCAGGAUGGGGGGGCCAGCCCAUCGCAGGGCACACUCACACACCAGUCACUCACACAUGCACUAUAAGCAGCAGUAUUAAUGCUAUUUUGUUAUUAAUGGUGAUGUAUGUAAAUUCAUUCAAACUGAGGGUGAUAUAAAAACAUCGGAAGCUAAUUUAGUAGCAUCAGUAGUUUCUGUGUUUCUGAUUUAUUUCAGCAAGGCUCCAUAGAUGAGACAAACUGGUUUGGCCUGUCUCUUUCCUUAAGGUGCUUGUACCAGUUUAAGGUGGACCCAUGGAGACAUAUACACACAUACUUUUAACCUGAAUGCGAUGUUUAGUAGCUUAGCGCAACUCAACAGUUCUAAACUGAAGAGAGAAUUCUUGUGUUCCUGCAAUGGGCCGGCCCCCUGUCCUGGGUUGUUCCCCACCUCAUACCCGUAGCUUCCAGGAUAGGCUCCAGACCCCCUGCGACCCAGAAGGAUAAGCGGUUUGGAAAAGGGAUGGAUGGAUGGAUUCUUGUGUUCAGAAGCUUCAGCUAGAACUUCAUAACACUGGACUCCUUUGUUUGUCCUCCUGAAUCGACGUAGAUAAUCGAUUAUCUCUGUUCUUCAUGUUUCGCCUCUGAAAUGGAAAUUACAAACUCGGCUCCUUAAAUCACAUCCACAUUAUCUAGACGGGCAUUUACUUCGUAUUCUGCCCCCUUCCUUAGUGGCAAAAUGGUCAGAUCGAACAGGCCCAUGCUAUGUCAUGUGCAAGAAUGUGCUAAUAAAGUGUUAUUGCUUUUUUUUUUUUUUUUUACUAAUUAUAAUUUGACUUUUGCUUCAAAUUAAAGGUACUAUUGUCUAAUAGUG